AUGUCUCUCAGCCAGAACCGUCUCCAGGAGGAACGGAAGCAGUGGCGACGCGACCAUCCCUUCGGCUUUGUCGCAAAGCCAGCACGAACUCCUCAAGGCGGCUUGGACCUCAAGACCUGGGAAUGCGCCAUUCCCGGCAAGACCAAGACUAUCUGGGAGGGUGGACUUUUCAAGUUGACUUUGAUUUUCCCCGAUGAAUACCCCACCAAGCCACCAAAGUGCAAAUUCACGCCACCUUUGUUCCACCCCAACGUUUACCCUUCGGGCACAGUCUGCCUGUCCAUCCUCAAUGAAGAGGAAGAUUGGAGACCUGCGAUUACCAUCAAGCAACUCUUGCUCGGCAUUCAGGAUCUCCUCGAUAACCCCAACCCAGAGUCGCCCGCGCAGGCCGAUGCCUACAACCUGUUCAAGAAGGAUCGACCUGCAUAUGAGCGCAAGGUCCACCAGGUGGUGAAGGAGAACCAGCCUGUUUAA